AUGGCUGGAGGCGUCAAGAAACCCGUCAACAUCUUUAAGCUCAAGGACUUGGGCGAGCCCGCCGGUGUCUUCAACUGGAGACUAUGGUUCGCCGUCGUGUCCUUUGCGCUCCUCGGUGCCGCUCGAGGUAUCGAUGAGGGUCUCAUCUCUGGAUCCUUCAACUCCAAGGAUUUCCAGGAAAAGAUCAACUACGAGUCUUACACUGAGGUUGAGCAGGCCAACAUCAAGGCCAAUGUCUCUGCCAUGGUGCAGAUUGGUUCCGUUGGUGGUGCUUUGAUUGCUUUCUUGGUCUGUGAUCGCAUCGGUCGUAUCUGGGCUACUCGAUUCCUCUGCACGCUCUGGGCUCUUGGUAUUGUCAUCUUCAUGAUUGGUGGUGUCAAUGGAAACCUCGGUGCUAUCUAUGCUGGUCGCUUCAUCUGUGGUCUUGGUGUUGGUCAGACUCCUGUCGUCGGACCUGUCUACAUCGCCGAGAUUGCCCCUGCUGCCAUCCGUGGUCUCUGCUCUUGCAUGUUCACAGGUGCUGUCUACAUCGGUAUCGUCCUCGCUUACUUCACAAACUACGGCGCCCACCUCAACAUGUCCGACCACACUCACAACCAGUGGCUCGUCCCCACAAGUCUGCACAUCAUGAUGUCCGGAAUCAUCUUCAUCCUCAUGUUCUUCCAGUCCGAGUCUCCCCGCUACCUCGUCAAGCAAGGCAAGCCCGAAGAAGCCGCAAAGGUCCUUGCCCGUCUCCGCCAGCAGUCCCCCGAGAGCGACUACGUUGUCCGCCAGGUCGCUGAGAUCCAAGCUGCUCUCGACCACGAACUCGAGGCCACAAAGGGUGUUGGUUUCCUCGGCAAGGUCAAGGAGUUGAUCUUUGUCCCCAGCAACUUGUACCGUCUCUACAUGUCCUCCAUGGUUCAGUUCCUCUCCCAGUGGUCCGGUGCUGGAUCCAUCACCCUCUAUGCCCCCGAUCUGUUCAAGAUUAUGGGCAUUGUCGGUAAGCAGGAGGGUCUUCUCGUCACUGCCGUGUUCGGUAUCGUCAAGCUCAUCGCCGCUGUCAUUUGCGCUCUCUUCCUCGUUGAUGUCAUCGGCCGAAAGCGCGCUCUUCUCAUCGGUAUCACUCUGCAGACCAUUGCCAUGAUCUACGUCGCCUCUUUCCUCACCAAGAUUCCCCAGCUCGGUGUCGAUGAGGACUUUGAGCUCCCCGCCGCCGAUAAGGGUGCUUCUCGCGGUGCCAUCGCCAUGAUCUACGUCUCUGGCUUCGGUUGGGCUCUCGGCUGGAACUCCAUGCAGUACCUCCUCACCGCCGAACUCUUCCCUCUCCGAAUCCGAGCUCUUGCCACCUCUUGGGCCAUGACUCUUCACUUCGCCAACCAGUACGGCAACUCCCGCGCCGUCCCCAACAUGUUGCUCCCCGUUGCCAAGGGCGGUAUCUCCCCCAAGGGUACCUUCUGGUGCUUCGCCGCCGUUACCUUUGUCGGUGGCCUCUGGGUCUACUUCUCCGUUCCCGAGACUAGCGGUCGCAGCCUUGAGAACAUGGACGAGCUCUUUGAGCUUCCCUGGUACAAGAUUGGUCUUCACGGUAACAAGCACGUCGAGGAGCUCGACGAGGCCCGUGAUGAGAAGAAGCGCUAUGCUGAUGAGGCUAAUGCCACUGGCAUCGAGCUCGAGCACCAGCGCAAGCAAGAGGCUUAA